CAAAAGCACAUGAGUAGGACGCACUCGCUAUGCUAAGGAUCAUCGUCAUAAAGCAGGGUAAAAUCCCUGCUCUCCGGAAGAAAAUACGAUUUGCGAGGGAAUUAACAUGCAAUUUUCGAAACGACAAGGGUAACAAGCUCCAAGGACAAAAGAUGGCACUUAAGAUGAUCAUUCUAUGCAGUCUAAUGACCACACUGUCGUUCCCGCCAGUGCUUUUCGCACUAGUCCGUUCUGAGGAGAAUCCUUACUGCACCGUCACGCAGCAUCAUGACGAGUUUGUGUACGAAAUUGUUGGCGACUCCAGUCCACCUAGCUCUUACCAAUGGGUUGACAGCAAGGACAUUUCCUUAGUGGAUGACAUGCAUCCCAACAAAUCGGACCUGCAUUCCAACUGGACUCAUCUUGUAACGAAAACGUGUAUGGAAGGGAUCUACCGUAGGAAGAUAAAGUGCUUUCCACUGGAAAAUUGCACUGUCAAUUGUAACGUCAACUGCAAUGAAAUUUCUUCAGCUCCUGUGACUGAAGUUUCUCUGUCUGGAGUCAACUCCACUAAAAUUCCUUCAGAUCAUGUGACUGCACCUCCUCUGUCCGGAGGGCAAAUUGCUGGAAUUGUCAUCGCAGUCAUCGCACUGGUUGUGGUGGUGCUCCUUGUUUACUGCUUCUGUUGUAAAGAGGACACCAGAAACGGAGGUUUUAAAAAAACCAAGCAAUUUUAUGAAAAAAUAUUUUGGUUUAAAACUGAUUCGGAGGGAAAGGAAUAUGUUUAAAACUUACCGUAAAUAUUUAAUUUGCUUAAAAAACAUUUAUUAAAAAAUAUUUGCAUGCAUUUUUUUCAUUUUAUACUAAAUAUAUACUAAAAGAAAUGAAAAAACAUGUCUUAUAUCUAUCUUUUUUUCACACUAAAUAUGAAUAAAUACAUUGAAACUACAUUUUUUCUUUUUUUAUGUGGCUGAUGGAGGUC